CUUCAUGGGACGGCGCUUGAAGGGACUUACUUCAUAUUCCUGCAUACACAUCAAGUUUUUUCGGCAUAUAUUUUACAAAAUGUCGACCGUCUUACCUCCCCCGAGUAAGCGCGCAAGAACGGACGCCGCAGAGAGAGCGGGACAGCAACAAGCCAUCGAAGAGAUUCCAGCCGAUGCGGGGAGCUUGCGGAUACAGUUUUUCGACGAGACAACAGGCCUCCCAAUCGGCACACCGGUCUUGGUUUCAGUUGCGGAUGCAAACCCAAAGAACUUAGAGAAUCUUGUCAAUGCUCUGCAAGGCCAUGAUGAAUCCGACCAUAUUCCUUAUCGCUUCACCCUCCCCGUCCCAGAAAGGAAAUCCUCCACAAACCUCGUCACAACUGCCUUCCCUACCAACGUCUACAAAACCCUCCUGCUGCCGGGAUUAAUAAGUACCGAAGAGGUACAGAACAUCUCUGCUGCACCACAAGCAGUUUUCAAAGUCAAGCCAGUCUCGCGAUGCGCAUCCACGAUCCCAGGACAUGGCGAAGCCAUUUUAGCCACGCAAUUCUCACCGAGGAGUUCGUCCAGGAUGGUUAGCGGUAGUGGUGAUAAUACUGCAAGGAUAAUGGACUGCGAUACUGGUACUCCCAUCCACACGCUGAAGGGACAUACGAGCUGGGUGUUGGCCGUUAGCUGGUCGCCGGACGACUCUAGGAUAGCAACUGGUAGUAUGGAUAACACAGUGCGUUUAUGGGACCCGAAAACUGGUGGCGAAAUGGGCAAGCCGAUGAAGGGUCACUCAAAGUGGGUUACGAGUUUGAGCUGGGAGCCAUACCAUAUGCAGAAGCCAGGAGAGCCGAGACUCGCCUCGUCGUCGAAGGAUUGCACGGUUAGAGUGUGGUCGACAAACCAGGGGAAGAUCGAUAUGGUAUUCAGCGGGCACAAGGGAUCCGUGUCGUGCGUGAAGUGGGGAGGAACUGGGUUCAUCUACUCGGCGUCCCACGACAAGACCAUCAAGGUGUGGAACGUCAGUGACGGCACUUUGGCUCACACUUUGAGCUCCCACGCGCAUUGGGUCAACCAUCUCGCGUUGUCCACAGACUUCGUCCUCCGCACCGCCUACCAUGACCACACUGGCAAGAUCCCUGAGACACAGGAAGGCAAGGUGGCCGCAGCGAAAGAGCGGUUCCUCAAGGCAGCCACUAUCCAGGGAGAGGUCGUUGAACGCCUCGUCUCCGCCUCGGAUGACUUCACCAUGUUCCUCUGGGAACCUUCUAAGGGGACGAAACAUAUUGCUAGGCUCAUGGGACAUCAGAAACAAGUGAAUCAUGUGACCUUCUCACCGGAUGGGUUGCUCAUCGCUUCGAGCGCUUUCGACAACUCCACGAAGCUCUGGAACGCACGUGACGGAAAGUUCAUCAACACACUUAGGGGCCAUGUUGGACCAGUGUAUCAAUGCGCCUUUAGCCCGGACUCGAGAUUGCUGGUAACCGGCAGCAAAGACACGACGCUGAAGUGCUGGGACAUGAGGACGCACAAGCUCGCAGUUGAUUUGCCUGGCCAUCAAGACGAAGUGUACUCGGUCGACUGGAGCCCAGAUGGGAAAAUGGUCUGUAGUGGAGGAAAGGACAAGGCCAUCAGGACCUGGAGGCACUGAGAAUAGUAAUGAACAGGGCGUUACGCAAUUGAAUCCGCCCGACAGAUGAAAUCCCAUGACAUGCCCGUCGAUGGAAUGGAAGGCCCUAUGACCUGGCUGUUCUCAAGCCAUCCUAAAAACAGAAAGUGCUGCAGAUUGUGCACCUAAUCUAACCGCGUGCCACACCCUCCUGUUUGGUAACAAGGGGACUUCAGUCUUUUCAGUCGGCUGCUCUCUUGGAGCCUGGAAAAUGAGUUGAAGCACAACACAUACAGCCUUGGCUUCUGUGACAGGCCUGGUCCCACCGUCAACCUACCUAUAGAAUCACCGACCUAUAGAUAUAUAUGAGCGAAAAUGGCGCAUGCACCCUCUUUUCAGUCCAAUUACUGUACGCAAACGUUUCAUCGACCUCAAAUGCUACUGUGU